AUGUCGGCUAAUUCAGAAGAUCCAGCUAUUGCUUUAGCAGAACUGUUUAAGAGGAAGGGUCAUUUAGAUAAGUUAAAGCAAUCAAUUCUUACAGAUUCUAUCAAUAAUGAUAAUAUAGAUCAAAACCUUGAGACAUUAAUUAGAACAGGGGUCAAAAACCUUAUAAAGGAUAUGGUAUUAAAAGAUGAAAACCUUAUAUUCAAAAAUAGAGGCUCGACAAGUGCCAUCCUGGAAGCGCAGCUGUUUAAAUCAGGUUAUAAUGUAUUAAAUAAUGGUGAGACCGAUAUAGACAAGAUAAUUGAGAAUCGUCUAAAUGAUAAAGAACUCGAGAAUCAGAUAAAAUCGAUUUUGCACGAAAUGCAAGAAAAUAAGGAAGAUAACUAG